AUGGUAGCUGACUCUGAUCACAAGGCGCCAGAAGUAGUUCAUCAAGAAAUCGCGAUUGCCUCAGCCUACUGCCAGACCUGCCAAGUCGCCAUCUGCUCGGAUUGCAGAGCUGUGCCACUCGCUCGCCCAAGGGAGCGAGAAACAAGAAUGGCUGAAAGAGAGGAGCAGGAGCAAAGCAUCACCCUUUGGGAAAGAGCAUUGGCGGUUAACGGUUUUGAGGCCGGAAGACACGUUGCCCAUCAGGUGCUUUUGCUGGAUUUCGCAGUAGAGAUGAGCAAAGCAAGUAUUCAAGCGAAGCUCGACAGGUUGCAGCUUAAGCAGGCUACGUUUAAGGUAUGGUGUUUUAUAUGCAAUCUUUAA